AUGUCUUCCUGGGUCAAACUCGGCCUUGCAGCCGUGGCCCUCUUUUCUGACACUGCCCUUGGGUAUGCUGCUAGACUGCCUGCUAGCCCGGGCUAUCAGCCUAAGCACCCUUGUCCAGGACGAUGCAGCACUGCGGGACCCAAUCCAGGCAACUGGUCCUUGUAUCCUAACUUGGAACAAAUUGGCUCCUGCGAUCUGACUAUGUUCUAUGACUUUUCUCUCUUUGACCCCGUCGACAAUCCAAGCGGUUUUCACCGUAUCUAUUCUUGCUCUUCUUACGGCCCUGAUUGGUCAAACUUGCCCAAUGCAACGGGGAACGCGGUUCGUGCUACUACCAUCAAUUCGACGUAUCAAUUUGGCACUGGGCAUGAAGGCGGCAUGUCUCCUGCCUAUGUGCGUUCGUUGGUGAGGCAGAUACGCGAGUACAUCGGAAAUGGAUUUGGGGCCACGAACAAUUCCGUUAUUCUGUUCGCCCGAGUCGCUAAGACUUCGGUAGGCCUCUAUAUUGGAAAGGGCCUGCAAAAGGAAGGUACUAGUGAUUUUGCCCUCAAAUUCUUUGAAAGGGCUGUUGCGUCUGCAGUGCAAGGUACUGGAACUGUGGCUAUGCAGCUCUGCCAGCCUGGAAACGAUGGUGAUCAUGUGUUUGGCAUCAUGGCGACCAGCAAUUCAACAUUUGAACCUAUUCAAAAGGCUCUUCAGUCAUGGUCCAAUGCAGAGUGCCUAUCUUUCCGCAAUACCAGCAAUAUUACUGGUCCUGCCUACUUCACCACUCCUUUGGUACUCAAUCUGCCACAAGCACAGACCACCAAUUCAACUAUCAAAACCAACUCCACGUUAGGCACUUCCUCCAAGAGAUCAUCGACCAGACGUCUCCAGAUCCGCGAUACUUGCUCCUACAUUCAAGUCGCCUCGGGGGAUGGUUGCUACUCUUUGUCGCAAAAGUGUGGCAUUACCCAGGACGAACUUUCCGAGUAUAAUCCCUCGGACCCCGACUUUUGCAACGAUCUCCAACCUGGCGAGUAUGUCUGCUGCUCAGAGGGAACGCUUCCUGACUUUGCUCCACAACCCAAUUCUGAUGGAUCCUGUGCCUCGUACACCGUUAAUAGCGGCGACACUUGCUCGUCCAUUGCAGCAGCAAACAGCAUCACUACUGAAGAAUUGACCGAGUACAACGCUGAUACUUGGUCUUGGAACGGCUGUGAUGAUCUGUUCGUCGGUAUCGUCAUUUGCCUAAGCACUGGCACUCCGCCCAUGCCCGCUGCAGUCGCCAAUGCUCUUUGCGGACCAACAGUACCGGGUACACCAACGCCACCUGCUGGGACGAACAUAUCCAUGCUCAAUCCUUGCCCUCUCAAUGCAUGCUGCGAUUUCUGGGGCCAGUGUGGGACUACGCCCGAAUUCUGCGUAAACACCAACACUGGAGCGCCCGGCACUGCCGCACCGGGAACCAAUGGCUGCAUUUCGAACUGUGGCACAGACAUUAUCUCAGGCGAUGCGCCUGCUUUGUGGCGAACGGUUGCAUACUUUGAAGGAUUUGGUCUUGACCGUGCUUGUCUUUAUCAAGACGCCAUGCAAAUCGACGCUUCAGCGUAUACGAACUUGCACUUUGGUUUCGCCUUGCUCAACUCCGACUACUCAGUGGACCCCACCUUCGGAGGUGAUCAGCUGACAAGCUUUGAGUUUUCACAGUUUCUAAGAAUCUCGGGAGCGGCAAGAGUCCUGUCAUUUGGCGGCUGGGAUUUCUCAACGGACCCAUCCACUUAUAUGAUCUUCCGCAACGGUGUGACAUCUGCUAACGCGGAGACUAUGGCGACAAACAUGGCCAAUUUCAUCAUUGAAAAUAACCUCAAUGGUAUUGAUAUUGACUGGGAGUACCCUGGGGCUCCAGAUAUUCCAGGCAUUCCUCCUGCAUCUUCAGAUGAUGGUGCAAACUUCUUGGCAUUCCUCACUAUUCUGAAGGGCAUGCUUCCUAACCAAACAGUCUCCAUCACGGCACCCUCCUCAUACUGGUAUUUGCAACACUACCCUAUUCAAGAGAUUGCUGGGGUGAUUGACUAUAUCAUUUUGAUGACCUAUGAUUUGCAUGGUCAAUGGGACGCAUCCAAUUCAUAUUCUCAAGACGGCUGCGCAACGGGAAGUUGUCUACGCAGUGACGUCAACUUGACGGAGACAUUGAACUCUCUAUCCAUGAUCACAAAAGCCGGUGUGCCCUCCAGCCAAGUCAUUGUUGGCGUUACUAGCUAUGGACGGUCCUUCGAGAUGUCGGAUGCAUCCUGCUGGACCGAGGACUGUACUUUCACUGGUUCCAGUUCUCAAUCGAAUGCAGAAGAGGGUCCAUGCACAGCUACGGCUGGUAUCCUUGCGAACGCUGAGAUUCAGAGUAUUCUCGAAAACGCCACCCGCGUCAACCAGAACUACAUCGACGAAGCUAGCAACACUAACAUACUCGUCUAUGACGAUAUUCAGUGGGUUGGAUAUAUGGACGAUGCCAUCAAAGCCUCAAGGCAGUCUCUUUAUCAGGGUCUGAACAUGGGUGGCUCCGCGGAUUGGGCUACGGAUUUGGAGGCUUACAACAAUGUCCCAUACCCGGCGACUUCAUGGCCCGAAUUUAUCUCAGAUAUCAGGAUCGGCCAAGUCCUGUUCUCUGAAUCUGAGAACAUAACUGGCAACUGGACUAGUGUACAAUGCACUGAUCCUGCCGCUAAUUUUUGGGUUCAAGAUCAGAUGAGCUCACAGCAACGAUGGAGCGAAAUGGACGGUGAUGAUGCUUGGGCAGACGUCACAAACCAGUGGAUAAAUGUGGACCAACCCAACGGCGACAUCACCUUCGUUGCCUCUAUUGUGAAUUCAAUCCAUGGCCCCGAGCUUACUAAUUGCGAGUCGAUCGGGCCGAUUAACAAUUGUCAAAUGACUCAACAGUGUUGGUUCGAUACAGCGGGGUCUGAUGGUUCACCAGCUGCUGGUGCAGUUUCUUACGAGAUCUUUAAUUCCCUUGUUAUGGUUCACGAAAUAUACGAAGACGUAUGGGAUGCAUUGUGGACAGCCGCUGCUAUUUUCGAACCCAGUCUCACUGAAUUUGAGAACACCUUUGCGCCAGUGCCUCCACAACCAGACAAUACUUGGCUUCAAAUCCUCCUGGACUUUGUCAGUCUUGGAGCUACCGCUGUGGCUGCGCCGUUUUUCAAUAGUUUUUUCUCAGAGCUGCCGUAUUUCGCCGCAGCGACUAGUGACACAAUUAAGGAUGUCACCUACGCUGCUAUCUCGGCGGGAGUAGUAGUAGGUAAAGAUAUUGUCGCAGGCCAAACAACAAUUGGAUCAUGGACAGCGGAUGACCAAAAUGCGUUUUCUACAUACAUGGGACAAAUUGUGGGCGCUUGGGCAAACUUAACGGAUCUAGCGCUACAAGAAUUACUGUCUGGCGACUCGACCUCUCUACUCAAUCUUGAUACCCUGAUCACAGGAGGUAAACUCAUCGCUGGCAUGCCAGAGAAUAACGGUUUCCCACCGGACCAGGAGAACCUUACUGUGUCAAUUGAUUCCGCCUUCUAUGCGUACGCUAUCCCUGCUAUUUGGUCGGCUGCAAGCUAUGAUGUGUUCGUCAUCGACAGCGGAGCUCCCUGCGGCACAGUCAAUCCUAUCACCCAAUACAUGACUACUGAAGAUCAGGCAGUCUCAUGGGGCUGCUAUCCUGAGAAUACCGGAGAGCUCUACUACCUCGCUAUGCCGGUUACGAGUCAAUUCAUGCCCAAUUGUGGCAGUAACCCACCAGAUGGACGUUGCCCAGAGGUUCCAUUCACAGCUCCGCCUGGACUCUCAACGUUGACUGAGGGGGCGUGGGGAGGUGUCACUGUACAGUCUCUUAUUCAAGGAGCCGUUCGCAGCUAUCAAUCCAAUAACAAUGCCAACGGUGGUGUCGUCGCAGAUCUAAACGCCCAAUCGACCGUUGAUGAUUUGAUUAGCCAGGACUACACUACUCCUGGCUUCAUCAAUAUUGCAGUGUGUACCCCAGAGAUGGCCCAAACUGCGGUUGAAGCCGACAUCACUGCCUCGGCCAAUUAUCCCUGCGCCGUAGUGCCAAGCCCCAAUGACUGCGGAACCUCGACAUUCACCGACGCAACCAGUGGCGGUUCCCCACUUGUUACUGAUUGCCAGCAGAUUGUGACCAAUAUUGCUGGCACCCAGGGCUCAUGGGAGGUCGAAUGCUCGGUUGGUGAGCAGCAUCAACUAGUGCAGUAUGGAACUUGUGCAUUUGGGGUGACGGGAACAACUGGAACCGGUGAUGUUGACUUCAAUGUAGGCGCUCAGGAUAUCGUGGAUCUUAUCAAUUCAUCGAUUCAAAUGUUUGCGUCGGGUGGCUUGGUGGGUGCCUCAGGCAACAUUGCAUGCCAGGGAGAUGCAGGAAACGACAAUGUUAACUGGGGGCUUUACCAUACUUGA